UCACAGAGCGGUGUGUGGGCGUGUCCUGGGGCACGUGACGCGGCGCAGGGCGGGAAGCGGGGCGUGUCCAGGUCCGGCCCGUGUGACAGGACUAGCUGUGAUUGAGGGCCGGAUGGCGCGCUAGGUGUAGCCGGGAUGGACGCGCUGCGGCGGCUGUGUGACUCUCUGCAGGACCCGGGGAAGGUGGCCGCCUUCCAGCGGCUGUGCGGGGUGCAGAGCGCCCUCCACUCCGGCCCCCCGGAGCCCGACCGCCCCAGCAAUGGGCCCAGCUCCGGCCCGCCCGGGCCACGGCUCCGCAAGGACCCCCAGACCAACGGGCCGCUGUCCAACGGGGCCCCCGAGGGCCCGGGCGGCAGGAAGCAGGCCCAGCGGCGGAACUCUCUGACCGGGGAGCCGGGCCAGGCGUUCUCCAUCCGGAACCCGCUGCUGUACUACCUGUUCAGCUUCGGCACCGAGCUGGGCAACGAGCUCUUCUACAUCUCGUUCUUCCCGUUCUGGAUGUGGAACGUGGACCCGUGGGUGGCCCGCCGGCUGGUCAUAGUGUGGGUGUGGGUCAUGUACCUGGGGCAGUGCACCAAGGACCUGAUCCGCUGGCCCCGGCCGCCCUCCCCCCCGGUCAUCAAACUGGAGGUGUUCUACAACUCGGAGUACAGCAUGCCCUCCACCCACGCCAUGUCCGGCACCGCCAUCCCGCUCUCCGUGCUGCUCCUCACCUAUGGCCGCUGGCAGUAUUCCCUUGUAUUUGGAAUUGGUCUCACGAUCAGCUGGUGUUCCUUGGUGUGCCUUAGUCGAGUGUAUAUGGGAAUGCAUUCCAUUCUGGAUGUGAUCGCUGGAUUCCUGUAUGCAAUUCUCAUUAUAAUAGUCUUCCACCCUCUCUUUGAGAUUAUUGACACCUUUAAUAUAACAUACAAAUAUGCGCCCUUUGCAAUAAUUGGUCUACAUCUAGCCAUGGGUAUUUUCUCCUUUACCCUUGAUACAUGGAGCACAUCCCGUGGAGACACUGCUCAGAUUUUAGGCAGUGGGGCUGGAAUUGCUUGUGGAUCACAUGUUAACUACAUGCUGGGUCUAAUGUUGGAGCCAUCACCGGAUUUGUUGCCUUUAAUUCCACCUCCUAUCACUGUGACUCUAUUCGGAAAAGCUCUUCUAAGAUUUUUAAUAGGUGUAGUUGUUCUUUUAGUGAUAAGAGCAGCUAUGAAAAAGAUUUCCAUUCCUCUAGCUUGUAAGGUGUUUGGCAUUCCAUGUCAUGACAUUCGAAAGGCAAGGCAAAGAAUGGAGGUUGAGCUACCAUAUCGGUACAUAACAUAUGGAUCGGUUGGAUUUGGGGCCAUGUUUGUUGUCCCUUACCUGUUUACAUGGAUUGGUCUUCAUUGAUGGCAUAAAGUAUCUAUUACUGAUGACCUGCGGGAAGUCCAGAAAAUGAAAAGUAUUCUACAGUUUUUGUUUUUAACAUAGACUUGUUAUUUUUGGUGGGUUCUAUUAUAUGCAAAAGGCUUGUUUAAUCACCCAUCCAUAUAUUGAAUGCUUAGCAGGGCAGGAAUUUCUCCAGACUAAAUUUGCAGCAAAACUGCUCAUUACAUUCAUUCUUAUUGCAGUUAAUCACAUGCCUACUGUAAAAAUAACUGAAAUGUUGGUUGUAAAUGGAAAAGCAAUGUUUAUAGAUUCAGGUACUAUAUUUAAACUGCUUUAUAAUUGUGCCUUUCUUUUGCUAAAAAAAAAAAAAAAUCACAAAUGCCAUGUAUACUGUGAUGUUAAAGACAAGCAUUGAAGAUUGUUAAACAGUUUACUUUUUUGAGUAGUCUAUACGUAAAAGGGUUAUGUGCAACUAUGAUUAUCAUAUUGGAACUGGCCAUAUCUGUCUGGCAGAAUGAGUUGACACUUCUUUGCAAUUUGUAAGGAGAUGAGCAUAUCUGUAUUUAAAAUGGCACCAUCACCUGAAAAUAUCUAUACAUCAGUGAGGUUGUCAUAUGUAUAGCAGCAGUAUUUAAUAAUGAGCACUUGUGACCAUGCCCAUUGCAGGGCAGUUGGCUGCUAAUAAGGUAGUACAAAAGUUACAAUCUAAUGCUUCGGUUGCGACCUCUCAAACAAUAUUAGAAGCAACUAGGUACCGUAUAUUUUAGAAUACUGGAUGCAGUCUUUCACCCCAAAAUUUUUGGGGAAAAUACUGUCUGUAUCCUAUAUUUCUCCCAGUGCAAUGUUCAGUGACUGAGGGAAAGGUGGUGCACAGACAUCUAUCUUACCAGUCACUGUAGGGUAGCCUCACUGAAAGAUGGUGUUUCCUUUACUGAAGGUAGAAAUCCUGGCUCUCAGAUCCUUCCUUAGAAGAACACAGUAGUCAUUCACUGGAAGUUCACAUUUUUCAAAGUGAUUUCAAUUUGGUUUACUCUUCACAUGAGAUAAUUGGUUGGCUCUGGGACCUUGUACCGUCAGCAGGGGUUUUCAUCUUUUUCUGUAAAGCAUAUUACUUGGGAAAACCAUGUUUAGGAUUUGUCAUUUCCACCAAAAGAUUGAGGGAACUCCAGAAUUUGCGCUGUAACCAACUUAUACAAUGUUUCACUGGGAUAUGUUCUAAGUGUAGGUUUUGAAAUGUAAAAGCCCUGUGAUCUAAUUGUGUGUAUGCACAGUAUGCCUAAACUUGUUUAAUUCGUGUGUAAAAAAACAAACAAAAAAAACAGAACAAAACCCAGAGUUAAAAAAAUUAAAUAAAAACAAAACUACAGCUCUGAACAGAUGUAGCUGAGAUUGCAAAUAGAGCUCAUCUUGCACAUCACUCUUCAGAUGGUCUGUCAAUCGCAAAUUGCAAAGCAGUGCCUACCCUUGGAGCCAAUAGAUUAUUAAUCCUACUUUAUCAGAUAUGAAUUGGCCUUUUUUUUGCAUUAAUAAUUUACCAAUGGUACGAUAUGGUUUAAUAAAUUUCAGAUGGUAGUUCAUACAAUGUGAAAGCAGCAUUUGUCUAUCGGUAGCCAAGUAAUGGUCAUAAACCACUGUUAGUUCUUUUUCAGUUUGCAUCAUUAUAUAAUAAUCUUUCUUUCUAUCAUAUAUGUUGUCAUUUGCCUAAUGUUUGUUUUAAAAUGGAGAGUGGAAAUUUGUUGUCUCCAAAUUAAGCUGUUAGGAUAGGAGAAAUAAAAUCUUAUUUUGGAUAACAGAGCAAUACACAACAUGAAGCAAAUUAGUUUUAUAUAAAUUAUAUUGAAUGUGUUCAGGGUUUUUUUGAUUUUAAAGGAAAAUAUUUUAAAUGUCACUCUUGGAAACAUUUUUUAUAAUUUUUUUUUUUUUUUUUUUUUUUAGAAUGUACUCAAAAACGUUCACUAGUGUUCCAUGAACAUUAAAAUAAUCCAAUCAUUGAAGCAGUGUUUUUUAAAAAAUGUUUUAAUGAGAUUCUACAUAGCAUAAACAUGUUUUAUUGUGCUGACAGAUUUUACAAGAAUCUAGAUCAGUGGUUCUUAACCUUUUUGACAGGUACCCAAUCUGUACUUACAGCAUAAGCUUAUCAAAGUAUCCUUAAAUGUUAAAAUUGUAUCAGUGACAUAUUUUUCUGCUGGUAUAUAUUUCACAAUUCUGUACACCAUGUAUUGGGUUCUGCCCUAAAGGUGAAGAAUCUCUGGUUCAGUAAAUAGAAAGUUUGAAAUCUAUACUUCCUUUUAAGAUCAUUAAACAUUGUAUUAAAAUCCA